UCGCCGGCCAUCAGCAUGAGGAUCCUUCAUCUGCUGCUUGCAGUGCUCUUUGUCAUCCUGUUGCCUGUUCCAGAUAAGCUGCCGUCUGAAUGCUGCAGCUGUCUGAAUGCAGACAGAUGCGUGCUGUUUAGGUGCAGUCCAGGGAUGAGACAGAUUGGCACCUGUGGCUCGCCCCUUUCAAAAUGCUGCAGAUGAAAUUAAUAAGAAAGCAGAGAAAC